AAUGAACAAGAACUUUAUUAGUAAACUAGGCUUCAGAAUUGGGGUUAGAAAACGAAACUGAUCACAAGAGAAUCUGGGAGCUUGACUUCACAGCUGAUAGGAUAAAUAGGUAUUCUCUCCGUGGAACAAAACUGCAGUUUGAAUCCUGACCCUAAUGGCCUUAAAAGACAUGAAAAUGUUGAACCUACAGAGGAAUGAACGAAUUGAUGUUAACUACAUAAAGGGGAUUCUUCAACCUGCAGCCACUUGUGCUACCUGGGAUGAAAUCUGGAACUUUCAAGCCAAACCAGAUGAUCUACUUAUUUCUACCUAUCCCAAAGCAGGGACAACUUGGACCCAGGAGAUAGUAGACAUGAUACAAAAUGAUGGUGAUGUUGAGAAAUGUAAACGAGCUCCUAUUUACAUUCGGUUUCCUUUCAUUGAAUGGAUAAUUCCAUCAUUAGACUCUGGUUUGGAUCAAGCUAAUGCAAUGCCAUCACCACGCACUUUGAAAACUCACCUUCCUGUCCAGCUGUUGCCACCAUCCUUCUGGGAGAAGGGCUGUAAGAUAAUCUAUGUGGCAAGAAAUGCCAAGGACAACUUGGUGUCCUACUAUCAUUUCCAAAAGAUGAAUGCAGCACUUCCUGAUCCAGGAACCUGGGAGGAGUAUUUUGAAGAUUUUCUGGAUGGAAAAGUGUGCUGGGGUUCCUGGUAUGAUCAUGUGAAAGGAUGGUGGAAUGCAAAAGACAAAUAUCCCAUUCUCUAUCUCUUCUAUGAGGACAUGAAGAAGCACCCAAAGCGUGAAAUUAGAAAGAUAAUGGAAUUCAUAGGGAAGAACCUUGAUGAAGAAGCUUUAGAUAAAAUCACAUAUCAUACCUCUUUUGACAUAAUGAAAAAGAAUCCGAUGUCAAACUAUACAUCAAUUCCUGGUGAAAUUAUGGACCAUUCUGUUUCCCCAUUCAUGAGAAAAGGUUCUGUAGGAGAUUGGAAGAACUACUUCACUGUGGCCCAGAAUGAGAGAUUUGAUGAAGACUACAAGAAGAAAAUGAUGGGUACCACUCUGACUUUCUGCUCUAGUCUCUAAGAAGAAAUCAGAAGGAACCCAAACUUAUGAAGACUAUUAGGAAGAGUAUUUACUCUUGGAUUCUCCUGUCAUUUAUAAUAGUACCUAUCUCAUAGCAUUAUUAUAAGGAUAUUUGUAAAGUUCUUUGCAAAGCUUAAAGUGCUAUAUAAGUGCUAGCCAUUGUAAUCAUUAUUAUUAUUGUGUUUAGUCAUCAUCGUUCUAAAUAAUCAGAUUAUAUUUUCUUUUCAUUUAUUCUCUUCUCAAAAAGCUAGAAACUGUGAUUAAAGUUAUCAUAGACUUAA